AUGGGGAACUCAAAGCUCUGUCUUUCCCUACUCCUAAUCUCACUUACCUUGGCUUAUGCCCAAGAGGAACACAGAACCUGUCUGAUAAACCAAAGGUACAAAGCCUACCACAAGUAUGAAUACUUGUACGAAGCUGAGUCCUUGAACGCCAUCAAUGGAGCAUCACAUCUGAAGAAUGGACCUAAGGCCACUUGCAAGGUUGAAAUUGAAGUACCUCAGACUUGUAGUUUCAUCGUCCGCACCACUGGCUGUAGCCUGAGUGAGGUGGUCGACAUGGACGCAGACGGCAACGCUGUGUUCAGUCCUGCAUCCAGCUCUGAUGCCUUUGCUGCUGAAAUGGAAAGAUAUCCUCUGAAGGUUGUGGUUGAGGGUGUGUACGAUGUGAAACUGUACCCCGAGGACGGUGAGACAACCACCAUCCUGAACAUCAAGAGGGGAAUCAUCUCUGCCCUGGCUGUGCCUCUGCUGGAAGAAGACAAGAAUAAGUAUAUGCCAACUAUCCACGGCAAGUGCAAGACCCGUUAUUCCAUCAUUGCAACAGAGGACAUUGCAACCGACAUCAACCUCACCAGGGACCUGUCCAAAUGUGACAAAUUUAGCCCCAUAAGAGAUCACACCAGCCCCAUGGCAAUUAUCUCUGGCAUGCACUACCCUCUUGCCCAGCUGGUUAGAAGCACCCAAAACUGCAACUACAAGUUUGACAAUGAAAAGAAACACAUGACUUCUGGGUCAUGUACUGAAAACCACAUCCUCAUUCCCUACUCUCACAAGGGAGAAAAUGGAGUUACCAAUAUUGGAAAGCAAGAAUUGACUCUAGUUGAGGUUUCUCCUCACAAUGAAAGAGUCUUUGACCACAGUGACAUUGUCAAGGGUCUUCACAUGGAUGCUGUCGAGGACAAGAGUGUUGUCCAGGAUAAAGAUGCAGGUCUGAACCUCCUGAGGGAACUGGCUACUCUGCCCGAGACUGAGGGUGAGAGGAGGGCCCACCUCUUCCACAAGCUUGUCACCAUGGUCCGUGGAAUGAAGAGCGAGACUCUGAGUCCCGCCAUUCCUGAGGCUCUUGCAGUGUCCAGUGCCCUGACCUACCAGGUUCUGGCCCAGUGUGGAACCCCUGAGUGCAGCAGUGUCAUCAUGCAGAUCCUCAGGACUUUUGACAGCUCCUCACUGGAGGUUGAUGCCGGUGUUUUUGCUAUGGGACUCGUGUCCAACCCUUCUGCACUCCUGAUCAAUGACAUGCUUGAGAUGGCCAAAUACAAGCCCAGCAAGCCCAUCAUGUACGCCCUGAGCAAUGUUGUCAAGAGGUUUUACAAAGCUGAGGGAAAACUGAUCCCCGAGAUUUACUCUGUUGCUGAGUUCAUGGCUGCCCAGUUAGGUGACUGUACUGGUGACAAGGAGAGCACUUUCCUGACAUUGAGAGUUAUUGGAAACAUGGCUCCAGCUCUGGCAUCUGCUGGUCCCGCACUCAGAUCUGCUGUGAUCCAGUGUGUGAAUAAACCAGCUGCUUCCCUGGCUGUGCAGGAGGCUGCCAUCCAAGUCUUCAGGCUGACUCCCAUCCCCGAGGAGGGUAGAGAGAUUCUCAUGAAGGUGCUUUUGGACAGUGCAAGCCCAAUGCAAAAGCGUAUUGCUGCAUAUCUGGUACUUAUGAAGGACCCCCAGCCCACUGAACUGGCCCAGCUGGCUGCUGCCUUGUCCGAGGAGCAGGACAAACAAGUCAAGAGCUUUGUGAUCUCCCACAUUACCAACAUUUUGUCCUCAACUGAGCCAGACACCCAAGAAUUGAGACAGAAGAUUCGUGAUGCACUGCAGGGUAAUGAGGUCGGACCCACAAUGGACCCCACCAAGUUCUCUCGCAACUACAAGAUCGGAUCUGUGGAGGGCAACAUGAUCUUUGAGGAUAGCAGUUACCUGCCCAAGGAGGUCAUGCUUGAAAUGACUUUGAAGGCCUUUGGCUAUGACAUCGACAUGAUGGAGGUUGGUAUGGAGGGAAAAGGAUUUGAGCCAACCAUUGAUGCCCUGUUUGGAAAGAAUGGCUUCUUCCCCGACACUGCCCUGAAGACAAUGUACUUUGUCUCUGACAACAUGCCACUCAGAGUCAAUGAGAUCCUCCAGAACAUGCUUCCUGCUCUGAAAAAGGACAGAAUGAAGAGACAGGCCUCCCAGAACCUGAUGAGGGAGAUCGGACGCAACCUCAACAAACUCGUGAGGGAAAUGAAGACGGCACAAUCUCCUGAGGCAAUGGUUUAUCUGAGACUUUUGGGAAAUGAGCUAGGAUAUCUGAAGACCAACGAAAUGGAGGAGAUGGCCUACUCUGCUGCCAUGAUGAUUGACAGCAUGUUCAAGAUGUUCCCUACUGAUAUCAUGAAGGCCCUGAUGACCAAGGCUGACAACACAAUCUUUGCCCACUACAUCUUCAUGGACAAUGAAUUCUUCCUGCCUACUGUCACUGGUGUGCCCCUGAGGAUUACAAUGUCUGGUACUUUCACUCCUGGCAUCAAGGGUGGACUUCAAAUUGCUCGGGACAUGAGCGAAAUUACCUUCAUGCCCUCCGCUGGCAUUGAGUUUGUAUCGCAGAUUGGCUCCCACAUCCCUGAAUAUAUUAACUCUGGAUUAGAGAUGCACACCAACAUUUUCCACGAAAGUGGGCUCAGUGCAAAAGUUUCCAUGGAGCGUGACAAUGUCAAGCUGACCAUCCCUGCUCCAACGCGUCCUACAAAGCUCAUCCAAAUGACAAACAAACUGGUGGCUGUGACUGGAUCAGAGGUGAAGACCAUCCCUCCUAUGGUGAUGGACAAGGUUGAUGUAAGUGAGUGCACUCCCUUCUUCGCUGGAAUGAAAUACUGCACUGCUCUGCAGUACAUUGAUGCUUUCUCUCAGGAGACAGCCCCUUACUUCCCCAUCACCGGAGACAGCAAAUUUGCAGUGGAGCUCCAUCCUACUGGUGAAGUCACUGAGUACACAGCCACUGUUGCCUACGAGCUCCUCAGGGAGGGAGAAGAGGGCCGGCAGAAGGUUGACUCUGUGAAGUUUCUUCUGAGGGCUGAAGGUGCAGAGCCAACUGAGGCCAGAGCAAUCAUGAAGUAUAACAGAAGAAAGAAUGUCAUCACAGCUGACAUCCAAGUCCCUGACUACGAUGUUGAGGCUGGACUCAGGCUGGGUGUUGUCGAUGGAAACACUAAGGGCAAAGGAACUCACUCCAUCUCUCUUGACCUCAUAAACAAGAACAUCCCUCAGCUCUCUCUGGUUGGCCGUGCCAAUCUGAAAGCCAUGGAGGAAGGUAUGCUGCAGGUCCAACUUCUUGUCCCCUCAAUCAAUGCUGAUGCCACCAUCACAGCGAACUUGAAACGUGAUGAAGAAUUGGAAUUGGAGGUAAAGAGUGAAAUCAAGGUCAUGGACGCCACCUCUCAGCAGAAAAUCACAGUGAAAUACGAUGCCAGCAAGAUUGUAGUUGAAUUAAAGUCGGAUGUCAACUCUAAGAUCAUGGACAUUCUUCCAUAUACUGAUGAGAUUAAAAAGUAUGGUAAUGAUGUUCUUGAAAUGCGGGUAGGGGAGACUGACAUGACAGUCCAUCAAAUCUUCAAGGCAUUUGUGGAGGCAACAAACAACCACAUGGAAAACUACGGUGCUGAUAUCCCUUACAUUCCGAACUUCAGAAUGCCUGAUAUUCCUGAAAUUUCACUGCCAGAGACACUAUUCCUGAAUACUGAGGCAAAGGCUGUCUACCACUUUAACAAUGAGUGCUUCACCGUUGCUAUCCCUUUACCUCUUGGCGGAAAGUCAACAGAAGAGCUUAACUUCCCACCCGCCUUGACCACACCUAGCGUGUCUCUACCCCAGUUUGGACUGGAGAUCGUCUCCUUGGAAAUUCCAAUUCCAGAACUUUUUGUUCCUGAGAGCCUUACUCUGUCUAUUCCUCUUUUUGGCAAAGCUGAGGUUUCCACGCUGUUAAAGAGCAACCUAUAUAACAUGGAGGCCUCAAUGGCUGCCGGGAAAGAUGUUGUGGAGACACCAAGCUACUCUGCUAAGUUUGAUGUGAAAGGAACAUCCCCACUUGACAUCCUCUCUAUACACAUUGAAGGAUCUGGAAUGUUGGCCACCACUGAUUCCAUCAAGGCCAAUUUGAAAAGCUCUUUGGCUCAUAAAUUCGUUGAAGCCAGUAUUAGUAUUGUUGAGGAGGCCUUCGUCACAGACAAAAUCAACUUGAAGUCAAGCAGUAAGAUUGAAGCCACAAGCCCAUUUGGUCUCAAUAUUGCCCUACAACACACUGGCAUGACUGGAAUCAACACUGAAGAAAUCUCUGCUGAAAGCAACUUUGAGGGAACAUUCACGGCUGGACCCAUGUAUGGAAAGACCAUUUCGACGCAGUCAUUUGCCAUUUUCCCAUUCAGGCCAGAAGCAAAGAUCGAUUCUACUGUUGAGGUUGACUCUACCAUUGUUAAGGCCCAGAAUACAAUUGCAGCAAACCUUGCCAACGGUGAAUUCUCCGUUGUGUCUAACACCAAUGCCUUUAAUGACAUAUUGACCCAUGUUGCUGAGCUCUCCUUCAAAGACAGCAAGCUGUCACUGAAAUGUGAUGCUAAUGCUGUUGCUCUUGGCAUGAAGAUCCGCAACCUGGCUGAAGCCUCUGCUGGUGCUGGUGAAGUCGUUAUGAGAAUGGAGACAAAUGCAGACCACUCUGAAAACCGUGUAUAUUCUCUGCUGACUGCCUCUCUUGAUGUCAAUGGUCUGGCUGUAAACAGCGAUGCCACCAUGAAGCUCCUUGAGAAUGAGGCUACUCACAAGGCUACUCUGAAAAUGAACAAGGAUGGUUUGACUACAAGUGGAACAACCACCCUCCAGAGCCCCCUGUCCGUUGAAAACACCUUCAAUGCUGGGCUUGAUGCUUCAACGGCUACUCUAUCCAUUACCAACAAGGCUGCACUACGUGACAUCAAGGUUGAUAAUGCAAACACUUUGGCCAUUACUCUCUCUAGCCUUGACUUCAACUCAAAGGCUGAAGCCACCGCCAGUGAGUAUGCAUCUUACACUCAUGAUAUCACCAUCGACCUGAAACCCUACACCGUCUCUGCAAAUGUUAAUAACAACCUGAAAAUUCUGGCGGCUGACUUCAUUAAUGAGGCUCAGAUGAAGGCAGAGCUUUACAAGAUGGACCUGACUGGAAACCUGAAAGCCAUCUAUGGUGAGGAAGAGAUCAAGCACACCUAUCAGGUAAAUUACGCUGAUAUGACAGCUAAUGCAAAAUCCAGCACAUCUGGAAAACUCUUUGGAACUCACAUGAGCCACAACACUGAGCUUGAGGUUGUCGGUCUUGCUGCCAGGAUCACCAAUGAUGCUCGCUUCAACUCACAGCCAAUGCGCUUUGAUCAUACCAUCCGUUGCAGCAUUAUUCCUUUUGAUUUCAACCUUGAUGCAAUCUUCAAUGCUGAUGGAGACAUGGCCGUGUAUGGAAAGCAUAGUGCCCAACUCUAUGGCAAGUUCCUCUUUAAAGCACAACCCCUGGCUUUUGCCAGUUCACAUGAAUGCAGAGCAUCAGUAAACCAGCAGCUAGAUAAUGGUUUUACCCUUGAGACAAUUACUGAAAAUAACAUGGAUACUGUUCUGUCACUCCAAGAGCAGAAGACUAGUUUUAGAAUUAAGACUAAAAUGAAUCACCACAUUUUAAAUCAGGACCUGAAUGUUUACAACACUGCUGAGAGAACUGGAAUCGAGGUUUCUGGCACCAUCCUCACAAACAUCCUCAACACAGAAUCCACAGAGAACCAAGAAUUUUCCAUCUCUAGCUUCCUCAAGUAUGAUAAGAGUACAGAAACUCACAUAAUUCAGUUUCCUAUUAUUGAAAGUAUUUCUGCUGUCUUGGAAAGCAUCAAGAUGCUUGUUGUACAUGUUGCAGAGACACUGCAAAACUAUGUUAACAAUGAGGACAUCCAGACUAAACUUGAGGCUGUUUCACAAUAUCUAAGUCACUUUUUUGCUCAACUGAAUACAGAAAGCAACUUCAUUUUGCUGAAACAGAACCUAAAUGAUUUUACCCAAAACUAUGUCAUUUCAAUGGAGGAUGUGGAAGCCUCUUUGACAAACCUAAAGGUUACUGUUGAGAAACUUCUGGCUGAUCUGUCAGUUUACGUCCAACACGUUGCUGGUAUGAUGAAAGAGUGUAUUGAUAGUGGCACCCUCCCUGAAACAUUCAUUCAAAGGAUGAAUGCCAUCAAUGAGGAGUAUGACAUCCAGGCAAUGGUUGUGUAUGUGAUUGAUACUAUGAGCGAGCUGAUCCAGCAGAUUGACUUGGAAAAACUCACAGACAGCAGCAUUGCAUUCCUGCAAGAUAUUGAUUCCAAGUAUGAAGUCAAGGCUAAACUGCAGACAAUUAUGAGCGAUAUGAAAGAAAUGAUUGAAACCUUCGACAUGCAGAAAUCUUUUGUUGAGCUGAAGGAGUACAUUUCAUCCAUCGACUUUAAAGAUCAAAUUGAGGAACUACUGACUCAGAUUCCCUCAGAGAUUUUCAGCAAUAUAACAGAUUAUUUUAGGAAAGCGAUUCAGGACCUUGACAUCAUAGGUAAAAUCAACACAUUAUAUGCCAAGAUGAGAGAGUGGAUUUUAAAAUUUGAGGCUGACAAAAACAUUCAGGCUGUUUUGGAAAAGACUGCUGUGGUCAUCAAGCAGUUCAGAAUUGAGGAAACUAUCAGGGCUGUAACCAAGAUGGUGAAGGAUGCAGACAUCCCUACCAAAUUCAUGCAGGUCUUCCAGGGUGCUAUUGACUACUUGAAAACAACUGAGAUUAAGGAUAUCAUUUCACAGUUGAAUUUAUACAUAGGCAUUAUUGAGCAGAAAUGUAAUUCAUUUGACUAUAAUGAAUUUGUGGAUUAUGUCAAUCAAAUGAUAGCUGAGUACACUGCUCAUGUGAAUGACCUGAUCAGGUCUCUUGAAAUCUCCCAGAAACUUGAGGCAACAAGACAUUUUGCCAAUGUUGUCAUAAUCUCUGUUAGGGAUUCUGUGGAACAAGUAAGACAAAUUAAAAUUGCCGAAUUUGUGAAUAAUGUCAUGGAUUUAUUCGACCAGGUUGUGUUAAAUAAUCUGAAGGGAUUGGCUGAAAUGAUGAAGCAGGAAAUUGCAAAACUGGAUAUCAACGCUGAAAUUACCUCUUAUCUGCAGUUGACAAAGAAGUGCUUUACCGAGUUCAUAAUCAUUGCCACCGAUUUGUGUACCAGUAUGGUAGAGAUUAUUGAGAAGGUGACACCUCAGCAAAAAAUUGUCAGUGAGAUAUUGCAGAUCAUUGAGGGGCUGAUUACUGGACUGAGGAAAGCCGAUCUGAAAAUUCCAUCCUUCGUCAUUCCUCUCACUGAUCUUGUUGUGCCUUCCAUGAAGUUCAGCAUAGAUAAACUUCAACAGUUUGAAAUUCCACAACAACUGGACAUACCGGAGUUCACUAUCAUGGGUUUACACACUGUGCAAGCCACCAUUAUCUCCAUUAAUGACAUUCAACAGAGAAUCAUUGACUUCAUUGAUUUCGUUCUCAAUUUCGAGAUGAAGAUGUUUGAUAUGGGUGCUUCGUUUGGAGACCUGACUAUGGACUACCUUCCUGCCCUGCCUACAUUUUCACUUCCUGAGAUUACACUUCAUGAGCUCUCCUUUCCCACUAUUCCCCAUGUUACAGCAGAGAAACUUGUUCAGACUCUCCAACUCCCAACAUUUAAACUGCCAGUCAUUCCUAGUGAGAUCAUGAUUCCAGGAUUUGGCAAACUGAGUUAUGAGAUAAAAGUCAACUCCCCCAUCUACACUAUUAGGAAUGCUGCUCAAGUCCAGAGCUCUCUUGGUGUAGAUGAGACUCCUCAGCUGACAGCUUCACUGACUUCCCAAGGGACAUCUCUCAGCUUUGAAAUCCUCAACUUUAACCUGGAUUCCACUGCUCGUAUUGCUGUUUCCAAGGAAAAUAGUGUUAUUGCUGCUGAGACCCUUGAAUUCACUCACAUUUUUCUUGUCUUGGACCACCAUGCAUCUGUGACAUUUAAUGACUUCUCAGCCCAGGCCUCAGCUAAGACCAUAGUGAAGGCCACCACAGCACCUUAUAACGCUGAGCUUUUAAAUGAAGCUUUCUUAGCUACCAAGGGUGGUUUAUCUGCCACUAUUGAUACUUCCUAUAAACACAUGCUCAACCUCCCCUUCAUGGGCCUCACUGGUGAGACAUCUGUAACUCAAAAAGCUGUGACCCAACAAGAAGGUACCUCUAUUACAUUAACUGUUGGAAAUCAGGGUACUACCAGCUUCAAUUCUCAUGACAAUACCCACAAGAGUGAUCUGCAAGUCAUUAUCAAUCCAAGUACAGUCAUGUUGACCUUCAUUAGUGACACAGAUACAUUCCUUUUGAAGAUGAGACAGACCCUGAAUGCUGACCUCAACAUCUUCAGCUAUUUCAAGUUUGAUAUUCGCUCUGAAGCAGAAGGCCCCACAAUCAAAAACAACCUUUUAAUGGGAUCCGUAAAUGCCAAUCUGCAUGACAUGAAGCUUGAGCUGAAGGCAACCCAUAGCACAGAUUUAAUUGGUAUUGUCCAUGGAGCCUUAUACAAUGUGAUCGAUAUUGCUUUCUGUCCCAGAGAGGUUGUGUUCAGCUUUCAGAAUAAGGGAAACACCAAGGUCAAUUUCAAUGAUGCUCUUACUGCCAAAAUUGAUCUGCAGAAUGAUUACUCCAUAACUUUCAGGCCUGACACACAACAUAUGAACACUGUAGCUCGGGCCCAACUUAAUCAGUACAAACUAUUCUUGAACUUCACUGUAGACAACAAUGAAAGGGAGGCUGCUGUCCUUGCUGCUGUAAAAGGUGAAGCAAACCUUGAUUUCCUGACUAGGCCUAUCAGCAUUCCUGAGAUUUAUAUUCCAUUUGUUGACUUACAUACCCCGGCUAUUAGUGAUCUUGACUUGUAUGACCAAACCGGACUGAAACACAUUUUGACUACUACUGAGCAGACUGUUAAUGUGGACGCUAAGAUUAUUUACCAGAAAAGCCAGGCAGCCCCCCUUGAUAUAAUGGGUCUGAUCCAUAUUCCCUAUAUGGGUAACCUAAUCACAGAGCUGUCAUUCAAGUCUGCAAUCAUUAAUUUGGAUGUCAAUGCUGGACUCUAUGCUGAGGAUGAUCUUGUGUUCCGUCUGGGAGCUACCACAGCCUCUGUGUUUGAGGGUCUAAAAGCCAAACUUGAUGGCACCACCAGUCUGACAACCAAGAGAGGAAUCAAGUUGGCCAAUUCCCUGUCCCUUGAAAGUCCUCACAUUGAAGGCAAUCAUCACAGCACCAUCAGCAUCAGUACUGAGACUUUUGAAACAGCUGUCUCUGUGGCUACUGUUGCAAAUAUUGCCCUGCCUAUACUCAACCUGGAGGCAAACCAAAAUUUGGUUGCAGAUACAAAAACCAAAGCAAAUGCUGUCUUCACCUUGAGGAUGAAGGGUGAUUUCGAUAUUCCUGUGAUCAAGGCUAUUGGAAAGGCAGAAGCAGACCACAGUCUGAAGCUGGAGGGAAGCUUUAAGUAUGUUUCCAUGGAGUCAUCUACUAAGGCCAACAUGGAUGGUACAGUGCUAGAAGACUGUUUACUUUUGGGACUCCUGGAUAAUGACUUCAAUCUGUAUCUGAAUAAUGAUGGCCUACGCUCCACCUCCAAGGUUAUUGCUGAUGCCAAACUUGACUAUGGCACCACCAAAGUCUUUGGCAUGGAUGUAAAUGAGAAUCUUGCUGUUGAAGCCUCCAUGAGCCGUGUGUAUGCAGUGCUGAAGUAUACUGGCAACAAUGAGGCAAACUUGUUCAAUUUCAACACCACGGGGAAGCAUAUUGCCCAGGCAAACAUUGACUUUGCUCCAACCUCUUCCUUGACUGCUAAUAUGGAGAUCGAUAUAUAUCAGCCAAGCAGCCUGGUUGACCUCAUUAUCUUUAAGAAGACUGUUGCUGAACUGACAGCCGCCAAGCAGGAGAUCUCUAUCAAUGUCAAGUUUGUCAGCCCAUUGUACACCACAAACGUGGUAGUUGAAGUAGAGGGCAAAGCUCCUGUCUUCAAAGUGUACUUUAGUUCUUCUGCCACCUCUGCCAUUGACUUCUUGGACUAUGAACUUGACUCUUCCAUAACCUCAAACUUUGAAGAUGCUGGCGUAAGCCUGACUGGGAAGGCAGUUUUCAGCCAUACUGAUCUGACCAUGGACAUUCAACACAUUAUUUUGCAUACUCUGAGUGACUCCCGUCUCACUCUGAAUGUGGACAUAAACAGCCCUGCCUUCGCUGACAUUAACUUGCGCUAUGCAGUCCGCAAAGAUGGAAUCAGUGCCACAAUUUCUAUCCCAUCUACUGGCUUUCUGGGUCUUCAGCUCCAUGGCAGGACCCCAUCUCAGAUGAAUGCCAGGCUUUAUGGCCGUUAUGCUUCUGAUCCUGAGAAGGAUGUUGAUGUAAUCACCAUCAGAGCUUCUGCCAAGGAUGCUGAUAAAAUGAAUCUGAAGAUGGUCAUCAACAUGGAGGUCCCUGAUAUCAUGAUCAGCGGACUAAAGGAAAGAGUUCCUGCCAUCACCUCCUGUUUGUCUGGCUUUGCUGAAAAAUAUCAACUGUUCAAAUAUGCUGCUCAGCUGAAGAAUAAUAUUAUUUAUUAUACUGAUGAGGCCCACAACAUUGCCAAUAACCAUGCCCCAGAUCUGAGCCAGGUGUCCAUCCUCUUUAGGAACACUGUUGCUCAGUACCAGAAGACUGUUCAGGUCUUCCUGGAUGAUAUUAUCAAGGUCCUGAGGGAGACUCAGGUCAAACUUCCUGGCUCUGAGGAGAUGACUCCUCUCAUUGAGGUGCUCAAUAAGCUGACCACCAGCAUUACUACUAUGCUAGAGAAGACAAUGCACAUUGUGGCUGAUAAUGUAGAGUAUGUUUUCAGUGCCAUGUUCGGCAUAAUCAGAAAGAUUCAGGUCACAAUGCCCAUUGGUGAUGUCAUGGCUGGAGCCAAAAUAAUCGAUAAGAUUAAGGACUGGGUAAAGACUAUGCCCAACCCUAUUGUAGAUCAUCUGAAGCACCUGGAGAGUCUAGACAUGUUUCUGGAGAAAUUGGGUGACACCUUAAAAUUCUUUGUUGACAAAGCUCAGGACUUUGUUGACAACACCCUAAAGUCUGAUGCCCUUGAUGCCAUUGCUGUCUACAUUAAUGCUUUCUAUGAAAAGCACGUAAACUUCAUGAAAACAAUUACCAAGUAUGCAAACACAGCUCUGGACAUUGGGUCUAUAAAUGAUACCAUUAAUUACAUUCUGGAUGUUUUCAAAUCUGUAGUGAAUCAAUUUUACUAUACCGUUACUGACUAUCUGCAGCAGGCCCCUGCACAAUACAGGUCUUAUGUAAAAGUUAAGGGUAGAAAGCUUGAGAUUAAUCUUUACCAAUAA